AUGGAUGCUAAGCCUCAGCGUCCCCUGCGCUCGAUUCGAGUGCGAAACGACGAGAACGCUCCCAUCGACAAUGGCCUAGGGAAGACCAUUCACACCCGCAACAAAUCAAGUCCUGCUCUGGCUAUGGCGGCUGCCAACCAGGCCAAAGCUGGCAUCAAGCGCACUGCCUUUGGCGAUGUCAGCAAUAUCACACAACAGACCAGACCUAGCAAAGAUGAUUUUGCUUUGCAAGGAAAGUUCACGGGUCAGGUCUCGUCAAAGCCUGUGCCAGCUUUCGAAAAGAAGUCCGCUCCUCUCACUAGACCUGCCCAACGACCUAUGUCAGUGUCGAACUUGAAGAGUUUCUUGACCGGCGGCUCGUACUCCAACUCGCAAGAUGCUGUUCCCAAGGAAAAUGCCGUCCAACCCCAAGCCGCCAAUACCCGAAAGGUCCUGAGCAAGCGCAAUACCACUAUCUUUCGAGAUGUGCAGCCUGUCCUGGACACUGUACAAGAGCGUGAAGCACGCGAACCUUCUAAUUCAGUUGAUUCGAUGUUGCCGGCUACUGCUGCUAUCGAGCCUGAAAAGUACAACAACCUAACCCUGCCACCACCAGCUCCGGUCAACGAACCCGUUGCAGAGCCUGUCAAAGAUGCCACUCACCCCGGCUCAGAAGCCAGCUUACCUGGGAUCGAGACCGUCACACUCGAGCCUGGCACAUUGUCUCCUCCUUUGCCCUCCACCACUGUUGCCGACCCUGUUAAGCAGGCCCUGAGUAUAGCCGAGCUGUUGCAAGAUAAGUCUCAGCCGGUUGCUUCUGUUCAGUCUAUCGAUGAGGUUGUCAAAACUAUCCUCGAACCACACCCAAGCGAGCUUCCCGCGGUUUCUGCAGUCGCCGCCCUUCCUCAUGUUGAUCAGAAGAGAAUCAGCUGUCCUGUACCUGUUGAAGCCGAGGAGCGCUGGGAAGAGGAGGAAGAAGGAUACGUGACCGCUCAUUCCUUCCGAUCAAAGAGCGAGAAUACCACUGGUGGAGUCACCACCAUUCUCUUCCCUCAGGUCAAUCCCAAAGUGCGUAAGGAGAUCAAUGCUGCCAAUGCUCUGGUCGAGGCCGUACGCUCCCCUGAGGAAGUCGAAGAUGAGAAGUACGAUACCAGCAUGGUGGCUGAGUACGGCGACGAGAUCUUCGAUUACAUGAAAGAGAUGGAAGUCAGAAUGCUCCCCAACGCUCACUACAUGGAUAAACAGCACGAGAUCCAGUGGUCGAUGCGAUCAGUCCUGAUGGACUGGCUGAUCCAGGUGCACCACCGCUUCAGCCUACUCCCCGAGACUCUGUUCUUGUGUGUGAACUACAUUGACCGCUUCCUCUCCGUCAAGGUAGUCUCCCUGGGAAAAUUGCAGCUUGUUGGUGCCACAGCCAUCUUCAUCGCCGCCAAGUAUGAGGAAAUCAACUGUCCUUCGAUUCAGGAGAUCGUGUACAUGGUCGACAAUGGCUACAGCAUCGACGAGAUCCUCAAGGCUGAACGUUUCAUGCUUACUAUGCUCCAAUUCGAGCUGGGAUGGCCCGGACCGAUGAGCUUCCUUCGUCGCAUCAGCAAGGCCGAUGACUACGACUUGGAAACUCGUACCCUUGCGAAGUACUUUCUCGAGGUUACGAUCAUGGACGAACGGUUUAUCGGCAGCCCUCCCAGCUUUGCCGCCGCCGCAUCUCAUUGCUUGGCUAGAAUGAUGUUGCGAAAGGGUGGUUGGAGUCCUCACCACGUUCACUACUCCGGUUACACCUUUUCCCAGCUGCGACCCCUAGUCAAGCUCAUUCUUGAGUGCUGCGAAGAUCCCCGCCGUCACCAUGCCGCUGUGUACAGCAAGUACAGCGACAAGCGGUACAAGCGUGCUGCUACGUUUGUGGAGAAUGAGAUUCAGCAUGGCUUCAGCCUCCAAGAUGUUGCUUACAUCAAAACCCUCCCGUCUAGCUUCAUGCAACCCUUCUACGACUCUGUUCCAUAUCUCCAGGGCUGA